CGUCCCAGUAGUCCCAGUUAUGAACGCAAUGGCUGCUAAUGCUAGCGAGCUUGAGGUUGCAAAGAAAAACUUGACUGAUGCAAUCGGUGAUAAUGUCAAGCAUUACUGGGCUAACUUAAAGCUCUGGUUCAAACAGAAGAUCAGUAAGGAGGAGUUUGACGUUGAGGCACGUCGUCUGUUGGCGCAGGAUAAUGUCCAUGUUCACAAUGAUUUCCUGCUGGCCAUUCUCACACGCUGCCAGAUCAUUGUCUCCACACCAGAGGGCACUGGUCCAUUACAGUGGCAAGGCGGCUCUGCUUCAAAGCCUGGCAAACCAAAAGGAAAGAAAAAAUGUUCCUCCAGACAGAAAUUUGAUCAUCGUUUUCAGCCUCAGAACCCUCUGAGCGCUGCACAGCCUUUCAGCCCUCGAGAAAUGGGAGGAGGAGGAGGAGCAGGAGCAGGAGGAGGAGGAGGAGGAGUUGGUGAGGAGGAGGAGCUGCGUCUCAGUGCCCACACUCUGCUGCUGCCCACACGGGGUCAGCUGGAGGCUCGCAUGAUGGUGACGGCCUUUGAGCUGGGUCUGGAUAACAUCACAGACGACUCUGUCAGCACCAUGAUCCAUGCUGUUGAGCAUCACCUUAAAGACGUCCUGACGGCCGUCAUCAUGAGGAGGAAGGCCUAUCGCUUAAGAGAUGGUCAUUUCCCUUAUGCCUUUGGCAAUGACGUCACGCCGCAGCCUUAUCUGAAGAACAGCCUGGCUGCGUACCACAGUGUCACUGAAUGUCCCCCUCCCAGCGCGUCCCUCCCCACCGGCCCACCUCCUCAGGUGUCACCUGAUGAGGCCGAGCAACAAGCUGUUCACUUACUAGCUUGUUCUGCGGACAUGCUCCCUGCGCCCCUCCCUCCGAUCAGCAUGUUUGAUCUUCUGGAAGCUUUACAGGUUCACCACAAAGUGAUGCCCUCCCACACCAUGUACGCUCUGAACAUGGAACGCAUCCUCGCGAGGCUCUGGCACCCCAGCCAUGAAGAAUUGGAGCAGGACCACGUACACCGUCAGCGUCUCACUGCCAAAGAGGGCGUCCUCGUCAGCUGAGAACCACUGACACAGGACUGGGUGUGAGAUGUGCAUAUCAUCAGGAG